AUGAAGUUUGCUGCCUCAACUGUUGCCUACCUUGCUCUUGCAAGUCUUAGUUUCCUCCAUGCUGAUGCAUCGGAGAGAGCUCACCAGCACCUGCGUACCCAUGUCGAGGAACGCGAGGUUGCCCAUCGUUUCCCAUCGCACCAAACCCAGGGUGAAGGAGAUGGUUCCCCUCAUGUGAGGGAAAAGAACCAUUCUGCCGGGAGGUAUGAGGAUUAUCCUGAUCCUGAUUACAAGGAUCGUGGGUAUGAAGAGGGUCCCGAUCCUAGGUAUGAAGAUGGUCCUGAUCCUAGAUACGAGGAUCGUGGGUACGAGGAUCCUGACCCUAGAUACGAGGAUCCUGAUCCUAGAUACGAGGAUCGUCCUGAGCCAAGAUCUGAGGUUUAUCCCGAACCAAGAUACGAAGAUGCUCCAGUUGCACGAGAGGCCAACCCGGACGGAUCUUGUCCCUUCAUUGAAGCAAUUGCAGAAUUUACUGACGUUGAAAUCCCACAGGUAACAAAUAGCGACGAGAAGGAACUCCUUGUGAUCCCUAUGCCAAAUGGUAUAGGGGGAGAGGAUAUCAACAUCAUUGAUUUCCUUAAUGACAAGUUGAAGGAUGAUGCAAUUCUUCCUGUGAUCAAACCAGGUGACGAAGUGCCCAACAGUUCUACUAAUAUGGUUUGCAAACAUAUUGACUACAUCGAUGAAAGUGUCGAUGUGCUUGUUGCUGGCAUUCCAGCAGGAACAAAAGGCCUUUGUUUAGCUUUCAAUCCCUGUGAACAAAUCUAUGCUGUAUCGGCAGGAUUUGUCAAAGUAGACAUUCCGCUCACAAAUCCUCUUCUUAAGCUUGGCUUCACGUUGAACACAAUUGGAAUUUCGAUCAACAAGGACUUCACUAUUGAGACCCACAAUGAAAUGUGGGAUGGGGGCUCCAUGGAUGCUGUGUCGAAGGUGGAUGGACAUUUUGCCCUCAAAGGAACUCUCAGUCUCAAGUUUGGUGAAGAAGAUUCGAUUUUUGAAUUUUCCGUGAAUGGGAGAGCGAGAAUCUUUGUUGAUGUUGAUCCUGCCAAUGAUAACACUCAUCUUACAGCUUUCGAACACAUGGAUGACUUUGAAAUGGUCAUAUCUGGCCUAAUUUUUCCGAAGAUUGUCAUUGGCAAAUUCCCAUUAGUUCUCACCUUCAAUUUCUCCAAGGUCCUAAACGCUGCAAUUGACAUCCACCUCCUUGUUGACGAGCAGAAUACCCAGCUUGAAUUCGCUGCAUCCGUCAACACUGAUUUGAUGAACAUUUGUGAAGUUUCUCCUGCCACCAAGUUCCUCUGCAAGUAUUUUGAACAAGCUAGUGCGGGUCUCAGCCUCCAAGUUCAAUCUUUUGUAAAUAUCAAUCAAGAAUUCGGGCUUCGGUUUGCCAUUAGUGGUGAACUUGACGCUCCUGAAUUCAUGGACAUUGCUUUCAAACAGCUAUUCCCCAAGUGGCCAGCCGACGGGCAUGCUUUUGAUCUCUCUAUUUGGUUUGAGCUCAAUGCCGACCAAGAAAUCGAGACGUGUGUUGAUGCAGGCUUAGGACCAAUGUGCUUCACCCCCAAGUGCCUCAAUAACGACGACUGUGGUGGAGAUCAGAUCUGCCAUCUGUUCAAAUGUCAGGCAAAGUUGCCAGACGGAACGGUUGGCUGCUUCAGUGAUUACGACUGUCAGAACUUUUGCAAUGGAGGAAUCUGUACAGGAAAGCUUGACAAUGGUCAAAUGUGCAACUGGGAAGACAUUCGAUGCAAAAGCGAUCAUUGUGUUGGUAACAUUUGCCGCGAGUGCGCAAAGCAUUCCGAUUGUCCAUCUGGUGAGGCCUGCCGAGGUACUCCUUUGCAAUGCAGAGAGCUACAUGAUAACGGCUCCAUGUGUAACUGGGAUGAUAACAACUGUGCCAGUGGGCAUUGUGUUAGUAACAUUUGCCGCGAGUGCGCAAAGCAUUCCGAUUGUCCAUCUGGUGAGAGCUGCCGAGGUACUCCUUUGCAAUGCAGAGAGCUACAUGAUAACGGCUCUAUGUGUAACUGGGAUGAUAACAACUGUGCCAGUGGGCAUUGUGUUAGUAACAUUUGCCGCGAGUGCGCAAAGCAUUCCGAUUGUCCAUCUGGUGAGGCCUGCCGAGUGGACAUUGUGUUGGUAACCUUUGCGCAGAGUGCGACGGUAGUAAUAGCCACUGCAAGUCUUGGCAGUGGUGCGACGGAAACAAAUGCAGAUCGAAAGGCAAUGAUGGGUAUUGGUGUUAUGGUGAGAACGCCAGGUGCCACAGUAAUUCCUGCAAAUGGGAAAAGGAUGGAUUUUGGGAUCCUGGUCAUUACGGAUGUCAAGGAAACUAGAUCCCCGCCUUUCCUACUGUGUGAAUCGCAGACUUGUCAUAUUCCCAGAGCUGCAGAACCGAUGUAUAAGGCUGCAAGAGAGCGAGAUGUCAAGACUCAUUUCCGCUUAUGUCAUUAA